CACACAGACACACAUACACGUAAAUACACACUCCACUUACACGUUCUCACACACCUCGGCUUACACAGACACACUCACAUCUCUUACACGGUCUCUCGCUCGCAUUCUCUCACGCACGCGCUCAGACUCGCUGUGUCUUCACUCCCUUCACCAAACACCCCGCUCUCACGCAAAUCCUCAGGGUCAAGUAAAGAGACAUUUUUGAUGGAGUUAAGACAAGGGCUCCAGAUAAUCGAGAUAUUUUUACUUUGAAGAGGCGGCACGGAACCCGAAUCAUCGAGAGACGAUCACUUUGAAUAACCAGGAUUAUUGGAAGACCUUUAUUUUGAAGGAGUUAAGUCAAGGGACAAUCAUCGGUGGGACCUUAUUUUUGGAACGAGGCUUCUGGACGAUCGAGAUACUUUUAUUUUAACAGAAGUCAAGCUAUCAAGAGCUCCAAUACAACUUCAUCGAGAGGUCUUCCUCUCCGCCCAGCUUUCACCACAACUUCUCAACCGCUCCCAGGGUCUGCCCCUACCAUACCUCCAGGGACCCAGCUCCACGGAUCCUUCUUCGACCAACUCCAUUCGGCACCUCCACGAAGGCUCGCUCGCCAUGAAGCAGGAAGACUUGGACCCACGCACGGGGAUCACCGUGGCCCUGGUCUCCAUCGUGCUCUUCUUCGGCUUCAUGUUCACAGUGUCGGGGCUGCGGGGGGAGAUGCUGGGGCCCGUGCCGCUCUUCGCUCUCGGCCUCGCCAUCUGCCUGCCUGGCCUUGGAAUCAUCGCGGCCGCCCGCAUCACACGGGGGUGGCGCCAUUUCCCCAGGAUCCCGUUCCUACGGCGGGGUCGGCGGAACCCCGCGGAGACUCGGGGAGAUGGCAUUGCACGAGAUCCCAAGGACCCCGAGUGGGGUCUCAAGGUCGUGGCUGGAGGUCCGGGUGUUGUUCUAAAACGGGGUUCUCGAGACUCUGUUCGGAGUCAAAAAAAUCUUCACCAAGUGGGUCAUAGGGGCACCGCAAAGCAUCAGGGGCAUCCUGAAUGGGGUCCCAAGGGCAUACAUUUAGGCCCAGAAGUUCUAAAAAUGGGUCGCGCAGACCUUAAGCGGGGUUCCAGAGACUCCGUUACAGGUCUAAAAAUCCAGCCAGGGCGUCAAGGAGUCCAAGAAGGGGGUUCCAAGGAGACAUUAUUUGGUUCUGUGCAUCUUAAAAUGGGUAAGGGGGAUCUUAAAAGAGAUCGAAAAUACUCUGUUAGGGAUUUAAUAAUCCAUCAAGGGGACGGGGAAGACGCUGAUAGUGUUCUCAAGGAUGCUACUGAUAGUCCAAAAGAUAUUCAAGAGGGUCAAAGUGACACUACUGUGGAUCCAGGGGUCCUUACAAGAGGCCAGGGAGACCUUCAAGUGGAUUCAAAUGUCUCUCAAGGGGGCCCAGCAGAGGUUCAUAUUGAGGACGCUCAAGAAGGUGAAGGAGUCCCUGUUCAGGUUCCCCAGCGGCUGGGCCUGGAGGCGUGGGAGGAGAAGGAAGUUUCAGGGAUCCAAUCGGAUCCCCUUCGCACCCCGGGGGCUAGGGAUGGAAGCAGCAGCAGAGGAGGCGAAGAGGUGAAGUCCCAAGUCCACACGGAGCCCGCUCCACCCCCCACCCCUCCGGGCUCCACCGCCCGUGCCAGGCUAGGUUCCCUGGUUUGCUGGGGCAACGGAGACUCUGACGCUACCCGUGGCAUCCACGUGGAGGACCACCCUGCAUCAACCUCCGCUCGUCCCCUCUCCUCCCCCACCUCAUCGGCGCACCUGAGUGCCGGCUGCUUGGGCUGGGACCCCAACGGUUCGACUCCUUACCUGCACCUCCACACUCCUCCCCCGCGGCGUCCACCGCCACUCCUCGGUGGGCACUGCGCCUGCGCGGACCAGCGAUUGUCCACCUGUUCGCAAGCCAUGGGCCGCGUGUGUCCCAGGACGUCCACCUACGCGGGGAUUGGCUGCCUCAUGCUCGCCCCGGCGGAGGCGGGGGCCCGGUUGUCCACCUGUUCCACGUUACCUCUUCUCGGCGGGCCCAGGCUAGGAGGCUCCCGGCGCGAGUCUCACAUCGGCACUGGCGAGUGCACGGCGUUCGAGGGGUGGCUUCCACCGCCAGGCCCUCCUGCACCUCCGACUCGAUUGUCUACAGCUCGAGCUGCUUCUCCACCUCCUCGUCAUUCGUCAGAAUUUCCGCCCCCUCAAUCAUCUGCACUUCUUAGAUCAUCUACUAUACCUACGCAACCACCAGCAGCUACACGUCCUUCACCUCCUCCGUUAUCUACGUCUACACCACCACAAUCAUCACAUACAUCUCCACAUCUUAAAGCAUCUGCAUUUCCAUCUCCUCAAUGGUCCACUUCUACACCACCGGAAUCAUCAUCAUCUCCUCCUCUUCAUCAAUCGUCGUCCCCUCCUCCUUGCCUCCCCAUGCCAACGUGCUUGCUGUUGGAGGGGAAACCCGUUGGGAGACGUCGAGAGGGUAGGGGUGGUGGUCGGGGCCCCCCUCCCGGUGUGACCCUGUGCUGGAAGCUGGAGCCAUCGGGCCCCCACACGGCCCACGUGUCCCCCUGCCUCCUCGUGGAGCCGGGACCCGAGCGGGGAGGCUCCACGGGGCUCCUCCUGCACCACUCUCCAUACGCCACCCAGCACUGCCCCCUCCAUGCAGAGGCAAGCGCAGAGGAAGGGGCAGGCCUAAGAGAGGUAGGGGAUAGACAGGCAGGGAUCGAGGGGUUAGGGCUAGAGGGUGUAACGCUACGGGUAGGGACGGCGGAAGGCCCGAGCUGGGUGUUAGAUGGUGAAACAGUGGUGUAGUGUUAAAGUUAAGGCUUAAGGUAAGGAUUUGGGAUUACUGGUGGGGUUAUGGCUCAUGAUAGAGUUCAGGUGCUAGGGUUGGGGGUCAGUUGUUUAACAAUCAAUGUGUGCAGGCCGUACAUCUGCACUUGGGUCCAUGGGCCAGAGGAGCCUAGGUGUAAAUUGGACAGGGCCCCCGAUUUUAUUCCUUGCACCAGGGCCAAUGUCAAUCAUGGUAACGAGUUGGGGUUCGGGCUAGGGUUAUGGCUAUGACAUUAGGGGCAAGGUUCGUGAUAGUGUUUGGGUUAGCGUGUGGGUUUUAUGUAGGGUUACGAUGAGAGUUAGUGUUUUAGGGGUUCUGUGAUGAGAUAUCUUGGUUAUCACUGCUAUUAAAUAUCUUUGCUCUCGUAUUAGUCCUUUGUAUGAGGAGCAGAUACACCACUGGUUAGCGCGCUGCACUAUAAACCGGUGACCAGAGUCCGAUUACUGACCAUUGCUAACAUCAGUGGCGAGUGAUAUCUGAACCAGUCCUGAGACUUCACCUACUUGAACAAACCAGUGUGGUGAAGUAUGGCCAAACAACCCCCAAGACCAACAUUGCGUGGGGAGGCCUUAAUCCAUCAGUGCAUUGACGAAGGGCUGUAACUUCUCCUACCGUCCCUUAUUUUACCAAGUGAGAUGCCAUUGAGAUCAAUUUUCUCUAUCUCAAAGACAACUUACCUGGUCUGGGUCUUGCCCAGGUCGACUUGGCCCAAAAACUUAGUUACUAGUGUUGCGGCAGUGGUGGUGGUUGCAGCGGUCAUGGUGGCAAGAUAUUAAUUACCUUGCCUGGUAUGCAGGUCGUGGGUUCGAUCCCGAUCUUGACGCCUGCUGUAUAUUUGGAGUUUGCAUGUUCUCCCCGUGGUCGUGCGGAUGUUUCUCCAAGUUCUCUGGUUUUUUGACUCCACAUUUAGAAUCAACAUGCUUUUAGAGCAAUGGUUCUUAACCUGUGGUGUACGCACCCCUUGGGGGUGCGAGAUGCCUUUUCUGGGGGUGCGAUACAUGCCAGAUUUUUUUCGAAGGCAAAUCAUCAAAACACAAAUUAAGCACGGGCACGUAAGUACUAUUUUGUUUAAUCAAACCCUCUAUGUAUUUAUUUACAUUAUAAUUUUUAUACGAUGGAGAACCAAAGCGGUGCAAUGCUGCAGGAAAGGUUAAGAACCACUGUUUUAGAGUAUUUGGCUGCUAUAAAUUUCCACAAGCCACUUCGUUGAGUGAUCAUUUGUGGCCAGGUCUCUUCUGAAAAAGAGCUAUAUAGCUCAGUGGGCCUUACCUGGUAAAAUAAAAAGUGAUAGAAGUUUAAUAAACUCCCCGGGCUAGACAACAGCAGCUGGUAGUUCCAACUGCACCACUAUCUUCACCAUAUAAACAAAUGCGUGCUCACACCAGCCCUAACAGUUGCUCACAAACAGUUGCAUUGGUGAGUCUAUAAAGGGUAUACGUAUACCAUGCUCAUGCAUGUACAGUGUGCUUUUAUCACAUGUAUACAGUAAUAUAUAAUGUACAAAAUAAUGUGCUGAUUAAUGUGAUGCAAUUAACUGGGCCUUCUAAUUAAAAUGAGUUAAUCGUCGUUGUCACACGCUGUUCUGUGAUGAUUUUAAUGAGCUGUCAGCAGGAGCGGUGUUGGGCUAUUCCUAUGAACCCUCACCUCGAAUUGCAAUUCAAUGCUUGGAAUAAAAUUAUUCCUAACAGGAUUGUGAGAUCUUUGGAAUCGCGGAAUGGCCAGGUUGUUCUAUGCAGGAAUUGCCAAAGCUUUUGCUGCUGAAUGGCAAUCGUGUUCUGCUGUGUCAGGCUGCCAAUUAUAACCACUGGAAUCCCAUUUAUUUGGAGAAGCAAAGCUUACAAUGAAUGGCAAUUCUCUGAGUUUCCAGUGGCGAUUAUUGCUUCUCCAUUAAUAGGUUUAUACGAACUGGGAUUUAUAAAAAUAAGGAUCAUGCAACACAAUCUUAUUUUUUAUGAAGCAGGAAUUGCCAUUGAAAUUAGUAGAGAUGCCACAAACGUUUCCUAAGACUGUCAGAGAAUAAUUAAAUGGCGAUUUCUGCUUGUCCAUUCAAAUGAUUAACAUUCCACCGAAUGAUUCUCAAGCAAUCAAAUAAUCCCACUUGUUUGUAUGGAUACACACGAAUCUCCAUUUAAUAAAUUGGGAUUCUGUGACAGCUUAGGAAUGGUCCAUAAAAUUCCAAUUUCAAUGGUGAUUCAAACAUCUCCAUUAAAAUGAAUGGGAGCCUAAUGCAUGAUACACAAGACAUACAAUUUGGAUUCAUAUCGUGUCCCGACAGGAAAUAUAGGAAUGGGCAUAUUUAUUAUGUAUAUAUACAAGAAGUCACAGGUGGCGGAAAAGAGCAAGAUUUUGAACCUGGACUUGAGCAGUCAACAGCAUAGAUAACUGAGGGGAGUUCUGGUCUACGAGGUCAGCGGAGGACAGCAUUUCUUCAAUGGUAAAAUCGCUUAUAUUAGGAUCCCACAGUACUAACACAGGUAUCACCCAUAGAAGAAACAGGAUUCCUGCAGGGAUUGGUCGGGUGGAAUUGUGGGAUUCAAAUACGAUUAUUGAAAGAUUUGUUCAGCACUAAUUGCCGGGGAUAAUCAUAAUCAGCCAAGCAAUAAUCAAUCGCCAAGAAAGACACAACCUUCCACCCUGAGACUAAUUGUGAAGCUAUCCCUGGUACUAACAGCUAAAAUCCUUAUCUUAUUCAUAACCCUGACCCAAACUCUAAACUGGACCUACCCUAACAGCUAAAAGCCUAACUCUGACCCCAUCCUUAACCCUGACUCGUACACGAAUAACCUUGACUCUUACUCUAUCUUAAUCCUAACCCCAAACUUUAACCUUAACUCGAAUCCUGACCCUAGCAUGGACUCUGUAGUAUUAUGCAUCCCUAUCCAAAUCAUAAACUUUACCCAAAUACUAACAUUAACCCAAACACUAACCAACCUUAAUAUUCUAGAUUUGAAUCUUGACACAGAUAUUCUGCUGUGACUGUUCCACCUGAAGACGGAAGCUUGUGUUGCCUCCGAAACGUCGUGAUUUAAUUGUUCUCUUUUAUUUAAUUUUACCUACGUGACUUUACCGAAAAAACCAAAAAGUAUCAACCUUAAUAUCUUUAUACCCUGCACUGACCCUAUGCCAAUCAACUUAACAAUAAACUGUGAUCAUAAACCAUACACUAAUCCUAACACUGUCCCAAAUCUUAAAUCUAACCUCCCAUCCUAACCCUCACCAUUGACCCCAUCACACCUUUCUCUCUCCAUUGCCCAGAAAACAAGUCUGACACACCCACAGAUGUUAAGUUAGGAAUCAUUUAUUUAAAUUCUCCAAUCAAUAUGAUGUUGGUGAUGACGAUGGUUAAGGUAGGCCACUGCAUGUGGGUUUUGCAUUACUCGUAGAUGUAGAUACAUAGGGGGUAGCAGGGGCAGCUUCCCUCCCCACAACA